UAGUUCAAACAAGUGCAGACAGAUCAGAUAGAUACAAACAGGCCUCUAGUUGACAUUUAAAUCGCCUUACAUUAAUGAAGAAGAAGAUGCAUUCAUAAUGCAACUCACUUGUCAGAUCAUGUACAAGUUACGGCACAUCUCAUCGCAUAAACUUAAAACAACUAGUUGUACAGAAUCUACAGGUAUACAUACUAGUUAUAAGCACGCGAUAAACAGCUAAGAGCAGUUUAAAGAAGUUUUUCCAGCAAACUUCCCGGAAACAUAUUCGCCGGGGUAGUAUAAAAAAAUUUCAGGCGACGUUGAUGAUCUGAAACUCUGCUACGAAAUGAAUAAAGAUUAUAAUCGUAAAUAUAGUGUAUUCAUCAUUCGUGCUAUUGUGCUGCUGUUUUUGAUCCAAGCCGGCAGAGGACAAAGUCCACCAGUCACUGAUGAUUAUUAUGGGCCUCCGAUGCCUGAUAUGAACAUCUCCUUCCGUCCUAGUGUUGCAGUUGUGAUCGGAAUCUUGGCCGUGAUGUUUGCGCUUACAUUUUUGCUUCUGAUAUAUGCAAAAUUCUGUCAUAUCGCAGUAUCGACAAAUCCGGUGUAUAUUAACAACUUCCGCGGUCACUUAGAUGAUCAUGCGCUUAUUUCAGACAGCAGGUCUGCAAGAUUUUCAGGUAUUGAUAAAACCUUAAUUGAAUCACUUCCUUUCUUCAAAUUCUCAACUCUUAAAGGAUCAAAACGAGGUCUAGAAUGUGCAGUCUGUUUAUCUAAGUUCGAAGAUACUGAAGUUCUCCGGUUGUUACCGAAAUGUAAACAUGCAUUUCACAUAAACUGUGUUGAUCAGUGGCUUGAAAGUCACUCUAGCUGCCCUCUUUGCCGCCACAAAGUCCACGCAGAAGAUCUGUCAAUGUUUAAGUCAUCAAAUAGUUCGAGACUUUCGCAUAAUCCGUCAUCGUUGGAUCUUCGGGAGGAUCCUAAUAUCGAACUUUUUGUUCAAAGAGAACAAGAUCAUGAGCAACAACAUCUUGGGUCAUCAUCUUCAAGGUUUAGUAUUGGUAGUAGUUUCCGGAAAAACGAAAAUGGCAAGAAGUAUAAUGAGGAUCAAGAACUACUUAAUUCCGAAAACGGUUCCGUGAUAGACCAUCAAGAAGUACAUGAUGAUACUGCACUUGACGAAGGGCAUUUAGACAAAUUCAAACACAAGAUUAUAGUUUCCGAUAUCGUUUGCAAGAAUCGGUGGAGUAACCUGAGUUCAUCGGAUCUAUUGUCUUUGAAUUCUGAAAUGCUUAAUUUUAUGUCGAGUAAAAGAUUUUCUUCUUUUGGCUGCUCAACUAGUAAUUCUGGUGGGAUAAGCAACGACGUUUCUUCUGGUCAUGAAGAGACGUCUAUCCCUACCAAGACUACUGCAUCAUCUAGGUCCACGUUCUUAAAUUCGGCAACAGCGACAAAACGAUCCAUGUCUGAGAUUACAAGUAUUUCAAGGAUUUCACAUUUUGGUUUUAGUAAAAUCAAAUGUGUAGAACCGAAUAAUCCAAGCGGAAAAGAGGAGAGAAUCAGCAGACUUUGGUUUCCUAUUGUGCGUAAAACGGUCGAGUGGAUUGCUGGUAGAGAGAAGAGAAUGAAGCCACCUCAUGAUCACGAGGAUCAUCCGAAAAAUUCAAGAUUGGUUUCAAUAGUUUAAUCGGCGGAGACAAAGAUUUCAAAAACAAGGGUAAUGUCUUUACAUCUUUAACAAAUGCUUACAGCGCUAGGCGGAGCCGAGUAAAAGAAGGUAAAAACAACCGGCUCCAAACUGUUAUUUGUGCAUAUUUUUACACAAAUGUUUCUUAAUUUGCCAUUUUUUACGCAACAAUCUACAGAUUGGAUGUAUUGCCCUUCUUACCUUUGGUCAUGGCUAUACCAGUACCAAAUGUAACUGUAAUUAUUUUUUGUAUGUGACUAUAAGAUUAAAUUUACAAUUGAUACAAAUUUUUAUUUAUGUGUUGGGUUUUCCAUC